GUUCCAGCACCUCAACCACCAUUUCUUCUCUCUUCUUAUUCCCUUAUUCUUAUUCCAAACUUGGCAAAAUCUUCCGUACCCUAUUUUCCUCCUGGUCCUUUUCCCUCCCCCCAAACGGGGCUUGCGCAUUUCUUUCCCCAUUUUCUUUUUCUAAAAACUCAAAACCCCCAAAAAAGAGAGAGGAGAACCAAGAAGAGAGUAGUGUCCUUGAGAAAAUUAAACUCCUUCUCUUUGAAGAAGGAUUAUAGAUUUUCACCACCAAUAAUGGCUUUCGCCGUUCUUUUCCUUCUCUUCCUUUCCGUCCCUUUCUCCUCAGCAAAACUCAACCCCGACUACUACAGCGCCACGUGUCCCGACUUCGCCAAAAUCGUGAGGGAUCAAGUCUUCACGAAGCAGAGCGUGGUCCCGGCCACCGCGGCCGGCGUGCUCCGCCUCUUCUUCCACGACUGCAUCACAGACGGCUGUGAUGCCUCGAUCUUUAUAUCGUCAAAUGCUUACACCCCCCAUGCAGAGCGUGAUGCUGACCUGAACCUGUCCCUCUCCGGCGAUGCCUUCGACCUCGUCAUCAAGAUCAAGAAUUUGUUGGAGCUGACAUGCCCUGGCGUAGUGUCUUGCUCGGAUAUCAUUGCACAGGCCACCCGAGACCUCAUCAAGAUGGUCGGCGGCCCUUAUUUUCCGGUCCGGUUAGGGCGGAAAGAUAGCCUCAACUCAGACGCAUCUAAAGUUCCUGCUAGCCUUCCAACCCCAACCAUGACCAUGGAUGAUAUAAUUAACAAGUUUGCUGCAAGGAAGUUCACAGUAAGGGAAAUGGUGGCAUUGACCGGAGCACACACCAUUGGGUUCACACACUGCAAGGAAUUCGCCAACAGAAUCUUCAACUUCAGCCCAACCUCCCAAGUUGACCCAACCCUCCACCCUAAGUUCGCGGAGGGUCUAAGACACGUGUGCUGGAACUACACAAAGGACCCAUCAAUGUCUGCAUUCAACGAUCCAAGAUCACCAAGCAAGUUCGACAACGCCUACUUCGGCAACGUUCUCAAGGGUCUAGGCUUGUUGAGAAGCGACUACCUUCUUGGUGCUGACCCAAGAACAAGGCCCAUUGUGGAGGAGUAUGCUAAGAAUGAACAAGCCUUCUUCAGAAUUCAAUUUUUCUUUCUUCUUCUCGCGCGCCCCACAAUUGUUGUAAAUUCGAUUUUGUUUCUGGGCAUUCAGUACACGCAUAUUUAA